GAAACGGUCCAAGUCGAAAGAGUGUUGACAAAAAUUCCUCGGUCGAUGGUCGUUCUCAACGUAAAAAUGAUCGAAUUGAAUCGCCGCGAAUCUUCGGAUUUGAUAAAUUUACUUUCUGCUUUGAAAUAUAUGCGACGAAUUUAUUCAUUCGUUUCCUUACGUGUGACGUACGCACAUUCCUGGAAACGACAAAAACUACUUGAAGAAGCUCUGAAAACCACGGAAACGAAGCUCAACGUUGCGACACAUUUCUUUGACUUCCUGGAUUCGAACGCUACCUUGUUCGUGAAAAUUCUGUCAACACGCGCGAUAAUGUUUAUCAUGCGAUCCGCUCGAAUACUAAUUUGGAAGGGAAAUAAUUUGACAAUAUUCCGAAUUUAAAAUCGCGAUGCAACGAUCACCUUCGAUGAUUAGAUUAAGAGCACGUUCAUCGUAUUUACGUUUUUUCGGUAAUCAAAGGUGGGGCAAGUUAAUGGGCAGUUAAAGUUCGAGAAAAAUGGAACGAAACAUCUCAGUUUUAAUUGUGCAGGGGUCGAAUCCGUUGAGACUUUUCCAGGCGACUUAACUUUUUUGAACUCUCCGGUAACUCUCCUGAUCGAUAAAUCGACGAUAAAAAAAGUCAUGAUCGACCUUGCUGUAGAGAAAAAAUGGGGUGAGAGCAGAUUAUUAGACGCGACGAAUUUUCUUGCUUUCCUGCUCUUGAGUUACGUCUUGUGGACAAUACUGCGAUGGUGGCAUACAAAGAAAAAGUAUUGGAAAUAUUUUGACGAUAUUCCUGGACCACUCGGCUUACCAUUGAUCGGUAAUAUCGUCGAACUGAACGUUGAUCAUGACGAGCUCUACCAGCGACUUUUUGGCCUGAUAAUGCUGUGGGGGUACCGGGAAGGGAUAAACAAAGCAUGGGGCGGCUGGACUCCCUACGUAUUUCUGAGUAAAGCCGAAACCGUUGAAGCCGUUUUGAACAACAGUCGUCACAUCGAUAAAAGUUCAGAUUACAAAUUUUUGCAUCCAUGGUUGGGUACAGGACUCUUGACAUCUUCUGGAAAAAAGUGGUACCAUCGACGAAAGAUCCUAACCCCGAGCUUCCACUUCAGUAUUUUGGACGAUUUUCUCGAUGUUUUUUGCGAACAAACGGAGACGUUAAUCGAGAGACUGUCUUCGGAGGUCGAUCAAGGUGCUUUCAACAUUUUCCCGUACGUGACGCUGUGUACACUUGACAUAAUCUGCGAAACAGCAAUGGGACGACCAAUUCACGCACAAAAACACAGCGAUAGCGAAUACGUUCGAGCUGUUUACGAAAUCGGAAACAUAAUUCACACGAGACAAGCGAUAUUUUUGUAUCGUCCCGACUGCUUGUUCCGUUUGACAUCCCUCUACAAAAGACAUCAAGAGUGCGUUAAGGUUCUGCACAACUUUUCCUACAAGGUCAUUGCUGAGAGACGAGUGGAAAUAGAAAGGGAAAAAACAAACUUGCACGCGGACGGUCAAUUAGUGGAUGAAGCAACGGGCACGAAAAAUCGUCUUGCAUUUUUGGAUCUUCUAAUUGAGGCGUCAAAAAAUGGUACGGUAUUGUCGAACGAUGACAUACGAGAGGAAGUUGACACUUUCAUGUUCGAGGGUCACGAUACGACGUCGUCCGCAGUUUCUUGGACGCUAUAUCUGCUCGGAUGUCACCCGGAAUAUCAGGAAAAAAUCGUCGAAGAGCUCGAUGAAAUUUUCGAGGGCGAUCGUGAGCGUCGUCCCACCAUGAGAGACUUGAAAAACAUGAAAUAUCUCGAAAAAUGUAUCAAAGAAGCUCUGCGUUUGUAUCCCAGUGUUCCUUUCAUUGCGCGGAGAAUCUCCGAGCGAGUGAAAAUAGGUAAACACGUAGUGCCUGAAGGAACGACCGCCAUAAUAACCGUGCCAAUUUUGCAUCGGGAUGCCAAAGUUUAUCGGAAUCCCGACAAAUUUGAUCCCGAGCGUUUUUCACCAGAAAACUCAACGGGGCGCCACCCUUAUGCUUACAUUCCUUUCAGCGCUGGGCCACGAAAUUGUAUCGGUCAGAAAUUCGCUAUGAUGGAGGAAAAAGUGAUGAUAUCGGGAGUUCUACGAAAAUACAAAAUAACGGCAGCUGAGCGUCGUGAAGAUGUGAGAAUCGCAGCUGAGCUUGUUAUACGACCAACGAAUGGCCUCAAAUUGACGCUAACUCGGCGAAAGUAGUGUUAUUUAGUGAGCAAUUGUGUUUUCAAAAAAUCUUGGUACCCUACAUUAGCUCAUAUUUAUCUCUCUAGUGUAUUGUUAUGAGUGUUUUGCGCGACAACUUUUUAGAUCGUGUUAAGCUGUGUUAGUUCGUGUUCACCGCAAGAAUUUUAUGUGCAAUCAUGUUUUCCUUUCACUGCUCUCUCACAGUGUAACUGCGAAAUAGAAACGAGCACUUAUACUAGUUAAUUAAUGCAUGGAAGUUUCCCGAAAUUAUCGAAGAAGCUGUAAUUUAAAAGGAAUUUUGUUUUUUUUUGUUUUUUUUUCUCAUAAAUUCAUCACUACAAAAGAAAAUGUUUUAUUAGAAAACCAUAAAUUUAAUAAAAUGACACGAUUUUUAUUCCUCCAUUA